AUGUCAUCAAAGAGAACUAAAGGAGUAACCGUAGUUUACCCUAUAGUUUAUGGAAAUGUUGCAAAUGUCCUACCACAAAAAAAAAUUCCAGAUUCGGAUCACACACAUAGAUGGACUGUUUCAGUGAAAGGACUUAAUGGAGCAGAUAUAAGUCAUUUUGUAAAAAAAGUUACUUUUAAAUUACAUGAAACUUAUUCAAAUCCGGUAAGAGUAGUUGAACAACAACCGUUUGAGAUCACGGAAACUGGUUGGGGAGAAUUUGAACUUUCGAUAAAACUUCAAUUUGUUGAACCUAGUGAAAAACAUGUAACAUUAUAUCAUAAUCUUCGUCUUCACCCUUAUGAAGAGGAUGGAUCAAUUUCAACUGUAAACAAAAAUAAACCAGUUCAAAGUUUUCAAUAUGAUGAAUUAGUAUUCACUGAUCCAUCAGAAGCAUUAUAUCAAAUUUUGAUGCAACAUCCAAUACCGACUCUUCCACUUAGAACUUCACCAAAUAUGCAAUACAAACAGGAUGAACUUCGUAAAAUUGACGAAGCUUCCAAAAAGUAA